GCCGCAGCCUGCCCAGCGCAAGAAAAAGGCAGAACCCAGCCGCGGCGCCCUCUUCGCAGUCCCAACUCCCAACCGAGAGGUGAAAGCAUCCGUCCCGUCCCAGUUUCGCCGCCGACCCUGCAAAGCAGAAGGCUCUUUGCGCGUCCUCCCCUCUUUCCUCCCGGACUCGCCGGCGUUCCUGUCUGUUGCUGCCGGUGGGCGGUGGUGGUUGGAGAUGACACAUGUGUUUCCAAGGGAAGGUGCCUCAUCUAGCUCAACCUCAAUGAGCAGCCAGAGGAGUGAAACUGAUGAUGAUAGGAUGAUUGCAAUGGUUCUCUCUGAAGAAUAUGCCAAGUUAGAUGGUGCUAUGGCCAAGCGUCUUACUAAUUUAACAUCAAUUCCCCUUGUUCCCCGGAUUAAUACAUACUUCCCGACAUAUAGUGAUGCUACUAUGGACCAUUAUCGCCUCCUUGACAGGUUAAAUGCAUACGGCUUGUUUGAGGUGAGAGUGUCUGGUGAUGGAAAUUGUCAGUUUCGUGCACUCUCAGACCAACUAUAUAGAUCACCCGAUUAUCACAAGAAUGUUCGAAAGGAGAUUGUAAAACAGCUCAAGGAAUGUAACUCCUUAUAUGAAGGUUACGUUCCAAUGAAAUAUAAACAUUAUUGCAAGAAAAUGAAGAAGUAUGGUGAAUGGGGUGACCAUGUCACGCUACAAGCAGCUGCUGACAAGUUUGCUGCAAAGAUAUGUCUUCUAACAUCAUUCAGAGAUACCUGUUUUGUUGAAAUUGUUCCACAAUAUCAAGCUCCACAGAGAGAGAUUUGGCUGAGUUUCUGGUCCGAAGUUCACUAUAACUCACUGUACGAUGCUCGAGAUCUCCCUAGCAAAUACAAGCCUAGAAAGAAGCAUUGGUUGUUGUUUUGAUAUCCACGCGGGGGUUUGCUUCUUAAUGGUGGAAUCAUAUUGCUUGACCGCUUCGACCACCGGCCGCUGGUGGCAGCCUGGUCAUAGCUCAUUGUGGCUCUAUCCACUAUAUAGCUAUGCAUCAAUGAUCCAUUGUAUUGCUCGGUACAACUCCAUCACGAUCCAGGCAUACAACACUAGAUACAGUUACAAUGCCGAACCUGAGCCUUGUGAAUAGAUACUCCUUUACUGACAUACAGGUUGAUUGUAUACCAUGUCCUAUUUGUUCAUUGUUAUAUUCUUUAUUUAUACAGUUACAUAUUAUUAAUCUUCAUCAGUUCAUUAUUCAGUUCA